AAAGAGAAAGUUAAAAGUGUAGGAUGUUAGCAUAAGAGGUGGAGGUGUUUACAGUGCGGGGUGGUGGAGGGAGCAGCGCCAGUGUGGCUCCGGCCUAGCAGGACUGUGCGCGGCUCCCCGUCCCUCUGCUCUCCUACCUCUCUCAGCGUACACAGGCGAGUACCGUGGAGACUGCUUGACGCGGGGCUUGGCUGAGCCAUGACAGAGGCGGGAGAGAGAAGCCAACUUAGAGGCGAGGCGGCGGUCCCGGCCAUGACGGAGGCGUGGGGUAGGAGGAGCCAGCGUAGUAGUGAGGUGGCGGCCAGGGACCCAGAGUCCCUCCAGGAGGACCAGCGAGUCCCGUGUUGCUGCGGCUUGUUUGGCCCCCCCUGCUCCACCUGCUUCAGGAUAUUUAUGAAGUACACAGUGGGACGGACGCUGCAGCUGGUGCUGUACGUGCUGGACAUAGCUACGGACGUGGGCGUGGCGGUGGCAGACUACAACAAUGGUGACACAGUGUUCGCCUCCAUAACGCUGGGGUUGGUGUUUGCUCCGGGAGUGCUCUUCGCCAUCUACCAGUUCACAGAGGUGUUGACCAGCCACACAGGCUUCCUGGCCUGCCUUAAGGCACCACUCUGGCUCUUCAGCUUCCCUCUACUGCCCCUCUGGCCUGUUGUAAGAGAUUUACGGCAGAUAUAUCAUGGCAUUAUGGCCAUGUUGCCGAGCAAGCGGGAGCAGCACCUCCACCACCUAGACCGACCCAGCCGUGCCUACCUUAUUAAGUUCCUCGAGGCCUUUACUGAAGCUGCUCCACAGUUCUUACUUAGACUCUACAAGAUUACACUCAAGAGCCAAAACCUACCUUUCUCUCAGUUUGAAACAAUAGAGGUGGCCCAACUUUCCUUCUCACUUCUAACACUAGCCAUGAAAAUUAUCUCAACCUACCAGAAGAACGUUACAACCCAACAAAUCAUCAAUGGUGACAUGGAAGACAACCAGCAAUUUAAGCUACCCUGCUGUAUUCAGAUAGUGGCAACUGUGUGGUGGGCGUCAUUCCUUGUGGCGAGGUUUGAGGCCAUGGCGCUCUUUGCUGGUGCUUAUAAGUGGUGGAUUUUUGUGGUUAUCGGCAUCCAUGUUGUGCUGGUCGCUCUCUUUCAAACAAUGGCAGUCAAGAAGAACAGGAUUAAGAGGAUAUUUAUUUAUCUCUUCAGUGGUUUUAUCUUUAUCUUUGCUUAUUUAGAGUUCAAUAUGAAAGCUAGAGUAAAGGUGGCCCCAUGGUUUCCCUACACAAUAUACGCUGUAUUAGUGUUCAUGGAAAACUCCAUCAUGUUGGUGCUAUGGUUCUUUGCUCAACAGAUUGCCACAUUUAGCCUCCCUGAAGCUGACAAAGAGGUCUUUACAACACAUCGUGAAUAUCUCAUAUUUGUUCAUUAUGGUGCAUUCUGCUUUGGACUUCUAAUGAUGAUCUUAACGUUCUGUUGUCUGUCUAAAAGAUCUCAAGACAUUAAUGGCAAGGAUAAUGAGGAAGAAAUGAGGACAGUACUAAGAUCUUACAACUGAAAUAUAAGAAAUGCAAGUUUUUUUUGAGAUCUAAAAUAAAAAAUGAGAUUUGUAACAUUCUUACUAUUUAGGUUCAAUUAGGGCAAAUUUUUGUGGAUGUGUUCUUACAAAGAGAAACCCAUUUACCUUUGAAUUCUUACUACACGUAUAAAUUAAGAAAAGUAUUUCUGGGUGUGAUGUGAAAGCCAUGGAAACUGAAACAAAAUAAAUUUAUUUAUAAGAAAUAAUUAUGGUAACUGCAGUACAAUUGUGAAGUUAAAAUAAACAAAUGAUAAAUACAGUCAAUAAAAUGAGCACAACAUGACAAAAUAAAUACUCCUUAAAACAGAACUGAGACAGGCACAAGGUACAAGACCAGACGUAAAAGAAAUGAGGCACACAGAGACAAAAAUAAAUAAAUCAAGCCUACUAAGUGGAAAUGCUAUAAGACAAACAGGUGUAAAGUUUACACUGAGAACUGGACAAGGAAAGCAACAGAGGACUGAAGUAAGAGGAACCGAAAGAACUCUGGGAAGUAUGCUUAAUAAAGAUGGGAUGAAUACAACCUAGGAGAAGACACUUAAUAAAACAGGAGCCUGACUUGUAAGUUUGGGUGGGUCCUAGCAACCCCUCCCCCCCCCCCUCCCAUCAGCCCAGAGGGCCCUGGUAAGUGAUGUACAGCUAAAUUCAGAAUAGACAAGUCAUUUAUUUAAUUAUUUAUAUACAAGAUGGUACAUUGGGUAUGUGAGAGUAUAUAGUAUAAUGUGUUUAAAUCUUGUAAAGCCACUAGUAUGCACAGCAUUUUGGACAGGUCCUUAAUCUAACAAGUAAUAUUAAGUAGGUAAAUUCUAGUAAAAUUUAUAAAAUGUUAAUAGGUACAUUGUAAGAAAAUUUGAUAAAGAUUUGUAGGUAUAUUAAAACACAUUGAUAGCUCUGAUAGCUUGAUUGAUGAUUUGACAAAGAUUAGUAGGUACAUUAAAGCAUAUUGAUAGCACAUAUAAGAUGACACUAAUGAUCACAAUGGUAAAAUUGUUUGGCUUAGGUACAUAGAUACUGGGGGAUUGGGUAGCACUGCAU